AUGUCAGCAUUGAAGAUCCCACUUUUCAAAAUGAAGGACCUGAUACUGAUCUUAUGCCUCCUGGAAAUGACUUCUGCUGUGCCGGUGUUUCCUCAGCAACCUGGGACACCAGGCAUGGCUAGUUUGAGCCUGGAGACAAUGAGACAGCUGGGAAGUUUGCAGGGACUAAACAUGCUUUCUCAGUAUUCAAGAUUUGGUUUUGGAAAAUCAUUUAAUUCUUUGUGGAUGCAUGGUCUCCUCCCACCACAUUCUUCCUUCCCAUGGAUGAGACCAAGGGAACAUGAAACUCAACAGUAUGAAUAUUCUUUGCCUGUGCAUCCCCCACCUCUCCCAUCGCAGCCAUCCCUGCAGCCCCAACAGCCAGGACAGAAACCCUUCCUCCAGUCCGCUCUUGUGACCGACGUCCAGGACACAGCCCAGAAGGGAGGACCUCAGCCUCCGGUUUACCAGGGACAACCGCCCUUGCAGCAAGUAGAAGGGCCGAUGGUCGAACAGCAGGUGGCGCCAACAGACAAGCCACCAAAAGCCGAGCUACCAGGAAUGGAUUUUGCUGAUCUGCAGGGCCCAUCGGUGUUCCAAAUAGCCCGUUUGAUAUCUCAGGGACCAAUGCCACAAAAUAAACCAUCGCCACUUUAUCCGGGAAUAUUUUACAUGUCCUAUGGAGCAAAUCAACUGAACGCUCCCACCAGACUUGGCAUCAUGAGUUCAGAAGAAAUGGCGGGAGGCAGAGGAAGCCCCAUGGCCUAUGGAGCCAUGUUCCCAGGAUUUGGAGGCAUGAGGCCUAACCUUGGAGGAAUGCCUCACAAUCCAGCUAUGGGUGGAGACUUUACUCUGGAAUUUGACUCCCCAGUCGCCGGAACCAAAGGCCCUGAGAAGGGAGAAGGAGGUGCCCAAGGCUCCCCUUUGACUGAGGUCGACCCAGCCAAUCCAGAAAACCCAGCUCUCCUUCCAGAGGUAGCACCUGGUGCCCUGGGAGGGCUUCUUGCUCAUCCAAAGGGCAACGACCGCAACAUGGCAAGAGGCCCAGCUGGGCAGAGUGGGGGACCCCUCAGGGUCACCCCAGCAGACGCUGACCCACUGAUGACCCCUGGAUUAGCUGAUAUUUAUGAGAACUACGGUGCUGAUGUGACCACACCUCUGGAAGAAACGCCCACAGAUACCACAGCGAUCCCAGACACUCAGCAAACACUGAUACCAGAAAACAACGCACAGCAGCCCCAGAUUAUGCACGAUGUGUGGCAUUUCCAAGAGCCCUGA